AUGUCGACAACUGCCGCUGCCAUGCCUCCGCCUCUGACGGAGAAGAAGCUGGAGAAGAAGCCCAUCAAGUUCUCGAACUUGCUGCUGGGUGCUGGUCUCAACCUCUUUGAGGUCACGUCCCUGGGCCAACCUCUCGAGGUCGUCAAGACAACCAUGGCUGCGAACCGUGGUGAUGGUUUUACCACGGCCCUGAGCCGCAUUUGGAAUCGCGGUGGUGUCUUCGGGUUCUACCAAGGUCUCAUUCCCUGGGCUUGGAUCGAGGCGUCCACCAAGGGCGCUGUGCUCCUCUUCGUCGCCUCCGAAGCCGAAUUCUACGCCCGCAACGCUGGUGCCUCCGAGUUUGGCGGUGGUAUCAUUGGUGGUAUCUUUGGUGGUGUUGCCCAGGCUUACGCCACCAUGGGUUUCUGCACCUGCAUGAAGACGGUCGAGAUCACCCAGCACAAACUCGCCGCCUCGGGUGUCAAGCCGCAGAGCACCUUUGCUACCUUUAUGGAUAUCUACCGCAAGGAGGGUAUCAAGGGAAUCAACAAGGGUGUCAAUGCUGUCGCCAUUCGACAGAUGACCAACUGGGGUUCCCGCUUUGGUCUCUCUCGUCUGGCCGAGCAGGGCAUUCGCAAGUUCACCAACAAGGAGCACGGUGAGAAACUCGGCGCUGCUGAGAAGAUUCUCGCCUCUGCGCUUGGUGGUGGUCUCUCUGCCUGGAACCAGCCCAUCGAGGUCAUCCGCGUUGAGAUGCAGAGCAAGAAGGAGGACCCCAACCGCCCCAAGAAGAUGACCGUCGGCAACACUGCCAAGUACAUCUACCAGCAGAACGGUAUGAAGGGUCUGUACCGUGGUGUCACCCCCCGUAUCGGACUGAGUGUCUGGCAGACCGUCUGCAUGGUUGCCUUGGGCGACAUGGCCAAGACCUAUGUUGAGAAGCUGACCGGUGACAAGGUCACUGCUAAGCAUUAG